GUAAGAACCCUGAGGAAUGUUUCGCAGCAUGGCUAUUAGUGCACAUGUCUCAUUUAUUGUACUGUGUCUGACAACUCUAAGUGUUCAUAAUGUUACAUGGGCAAAGAAAUCAAACCUGAAAGCAUCCUCAAGCUCAAUAGAAGAUGAAUUGUUUCCCAUCUACGAGUGUGACGAGCGAAGCCGGGACUGGACGUUGCGUUGCCUUGUACCCCUAACGAAUGCGCAAAUGUCGGUGGAUUUGUGCAAAACCGGUGAGAACCCCGACCAGCACUUUCUCAAACGCUGCGCUAAGGAGUUGCAAAUUCUUGGACAGUCCUGUCCGCAACCGGUGGCCGUCGCAGAUAUAGCCAAAAACAUGCAAGUUCACAAGCCGCCUCCCAGUUCGUACGAUUCGCCCAACAUGCCGAAAGUUCCCAAGCAACCGUCGUCGGGGAGUAAGAAAGAUAAAUUCUCAUUGUAGUUGUAAAAGGACUCGUGUGCAAAUAAAAAUGUGAA